AUGGAGGAAGAGAAGGGGCAACCAUUCGACCCUCAUUACAAAAUUAAUAGUGCUGUUUCGAACAUUAUCUGUUCCAUAACUUUUGGGAACCGCUUUGACUACCAUGACAGCAACUUCCAGGAAUUACUGCACUUGCUCGCGGAAACACUGCUGCUGAUAGGAAGUUUCUGGGGCCAGCUGUAUAAUGCUUUUCCUUUGAUAAUGAGAUGGCUACCGGGGCCCUUCAAGAAAAUCUUCAGCCACUGGGAGAAACUUCAGCGUUUUGUGAGGGGAGUGAUUGCAAAACACAAGGAGGACUUGGACCAGUCUGACUCAGGAGAUUACAUCGACUGUUACUUAAAGGAAAUAGAAAAGUCUAAGGGUGACACCAACUCCUAUUUCCAUGAGGAAAACCUGCUCUGCUCCACCCUGGACCUCUUCUUGACUGGGACUGAGACGACAGCAACCGCCAUCCGCUGGGCUCUGCUCUACAUGGCCACGUACCCCCACAUUCAGGAGAAAGUACAGCUUGAAAUUGAUACUGUGAUUGGCCAGUGCCGCCAGCCCGCCAUGGAGGACAAGGAGCACAUGCCCUACACCAGUGCAGUGCUGAGCGAAGUGCUGCGAAUGGGCAACAUCGUGCCAUUGGGAGUGCCCAGGAUGUCCACCAGCAACACCACCCUGGCUGGCUACCAUGUGCCCAAGGGUACCACGCUGAUGACCAGCCUGACUUCAAUAAUGUUUGACAAAAAUGUGUGGGAGACUCCAGACACCUUUAAUCCUGAACACUUCCUGGAGAAUGGCCAGUACAGGAGGCGGGAGGCUUUCCUGCCCUUCUCAGCAGGCAAGCGUGCCUGUCCUGGUGAGCAGCUGGCCAGAACCGAGCUCUUCAUCUUCUUCACUGCCCUGCUGCAGAAGUUCACCUUCCAGGCACCGUCUGCCACCGUGCUGAGCUUUGCCUUCACUCUCAGCCUCACACGCUGCCCCAAGCCCUUCCAGCUCUGCGCCCUGUCUCGCUGCUGAGGGCGAGAUGGAAAGGGUUCCCUUGCUCAGCUGUUCUGUUAGGUUACACGCUGCGGUGCUGGGACACCUCACAGCCAGCAGCCCUGCAUGGUGUGUGGGCAGGGGGGAGGGCAGGAGGGGCUGCAUUCUGCACACCACAAUGAGGACAAGCUCUGGGACUCCACUCUUGGUUCCCUGCCCCUUUCCCUGAGCAGUUUGAUAAAAUACAUGAAUUCAAAAGCCUUAAUACUGCAUUUCCACACUUAGCAACUCCAGGGAACUGUCUGUCAAUUGUAAACCGUGGGCACACUUGUGCUUGCUGUGUCUCUUCUAUCGAGGAUGCAUCCAUCACCCAGACACUACUUUGCAAUCCCUAAAUCUCAAUGCUGCCACAUUUUAAGUGCCCAUGGGCUGCGUGGUUGGAGGUCUUCCUGCUUGCUGGAGGUGGCUGUCUUUGCACAUAUGAUACCCAGGCUCACGCCCAUCACCUUUAUGCUGCCACAGCAGAUCAUGACCUUGGGAUUGGUGCAGCGCACAUUCCCUGCAAAACAUUGUUGCUGCUUUGCAAUAGAAAGUCCA